UCUUUACUUACACUCUUUCACUCUUACGCCCUUACUCCCUUCCACCUUUCAUGAAAAUCUUGUCACUGUCUGAUAGAAAUAAAGUCCGAAUCAUCUGUAGACGGCAGUAAGCUGCAUUAAUCGAACAUGGCCCCAAAUCGUGGUCUCGCGAAUCGAGACGAUCUUUAUAUCCACGAAAUCGAUCGGACUCCUGAAUAUGAAGAAUUUAUUCGAAAACUCACUGCUUUCCAUGAGGAACGCGGUACCUCAUUCGAGCCCGAACCUCGACUCCCUACCAUGAAUGGUCAUGUGAAUGUCGAUUUGCUUAAGCUAUAUAAGGCUGUAUUAGAGAAAGGAGGUUACGAUGAAAUGAAUAAGGUGCAGAAGACUUGGAGUAGCCUUGCGGCUGAGUUGGGUAUGCAUCAUACCGAUAGUAAAGGAAUCGGCCAACUUUCAUUUCAAUUGAAGCAAGAUUUCUAUCGGUACCUUGCUGCCUACUGGGUAAAAGAUCAGUCCGGGAAAGAGCCACCACCUAAAGAAAUACUAGAGCAGCAGUCAUGCGCUAGUAAAUUUGGUCCUGUUCUCACCCGCACUGUGGAAAACUUUAAGAAGUUCCUGUCCUCCGGUCGCUCUGGCGUAGAAACUCCUACAAGGGAAGAACGUCAAGGGGAAGGUACUCCUGCUUCUGGUGACAGAGCUUCCGGACGUCUUCGCGAAGCUCCUCCUCGGCGCGUACCAUUCCAACCCGAAACUGGCCCAAGUCGCCAACCCAGACAAACUUCUUCUCACCAUUCCACACCCACCGCGAUGGCUAUGAAUACAAACCAUCACGCGAAUACUCCUCAUUCUCAACAUCCUAACCACCACCUCACUCAACACCACAAUCCGAACAAUCCUCUUCAUCUUAUACAGGCUCAACAAGCAGCUGUCCGUGGUGCCUCGGGUGCAUUUACGCCUACGAAUCCAGAGAAUGGUUCUCGCUUAUCUGAGAUGGUUGACCCGCGCUCUCCCAUAUCUGUUCCUAUCCGCCCCGUAAGCACCCCGGCCAAUAACCCCGAAUUCGCGAAGCGACAACGCCAGUUACGCAUGGCUGCCAAUCAAGACACACAACUGCCUAUUCGUACGGCCAUUCCAGGCGGUGGAUUUGAAGGACCCAACAUCUAUAUGCGUUGCCUACAAGCCCUUCGUUCGGGAAUACCCGAGGAGCAGUCGUUUGCGCUUAAUCACCUAGUUAAAAUAUCGUUUGAACGAGGCGAUAAGUACAAGUUCGAGUCCUUCCUGGGCCUAGCCGAAGGCCUGAUUGAGAAGGCCCUUGAAAUCGGUAACCUCUUCUACCAUGUCGAGUGGCAAGUCGCUUACUUCAACGACCCGGUGCCCGAAAAUUCGGACAUCGCUUUUCUCGAUGGGCUCAACGGGACCGGCGAUAUUCUCGAGCGGAUCGCGAAACUAUCGCCGAAGCCGGUUCUUGAUCACAUGCAGUCUGCAGAAUUCAGCGACCGCUUACUACGAAUUACUGAGGCAGUCUUGACUAUUCGUAAUAUGGUUAUGUUAGUCGAGAAUGCUGUCUAUAUGGCGGAAGUAUAUCCCCUGCGAGACUUGCUAUGCAUCAUUCUCCGCCUUCCGAAUCUAGAGAUGCUUGUUGAGAUCAAGCAUUUCGCUCUAGACAUUGCCGAGCAACUUACACCUUGGCUCAGUCUCGAUUCUGGAGACCCGUUAUACCAGACACUUCUAUCCCAGUUAGACUCGUCAGAUCGAGGCACAAUCCUCACCUCCCUCCGUGCCAUCAGUCGUAUAUCAAUGAAUCUGGAUGCGACGAACAGAAUGCAGAAUGUCCCCGCUGCUGUCUUGCAGAACAUUAUGAACUGGAUUCUGCUUAAUGACGAGGAGCUUGUGGAUGCGUGUCUCGACUUCCUCUACCAAUAUCUAGCGGUAGUAGCGAAUGUCGAAUCCGCGCUCAAGGCUGUUAACAUGGAGCAUGUUACUACGCACCUUAUUAGGCUGUUAGGUCAUGGUUCCAAGCGGAUUAAGGAGGAUCGAAUCCUUGAACCGGAACGAAUAGCUCCAGCCACCGAAGAGGUUGCGCCUCUACCUCCGGAUCUCCAGGAGAAAUUGACACAUACUGACGAGCCUUUGAGAUGCCAUCAGUGGCUCCAGAGUGUAUUUGAGGAAACUCCCGGUUCUCAGAUCACACAGAUUGCCAUAUGGCAUGCUUACCAAAAUGCUUUUGGUGCCUUAGUCAACGGACCGAGACCCGCCCUUGGCGCGGCAGAAUUCAUUCGAACUGUUAGUGCGGUUUAUGAGACUGCUCGAGCUUCGGUUAUUAGGCGCCAACGUCCCGAUCAGACUGAUAUCUUUAUUAUUAAUGGCAUUAGAGCUAGGCGUCUGCCGAUACAUCCCGAGACGAAGGAGGAGUAUUCCCCUUGCCAGUGGAUGGUAGCCAAAGGCCCGUACUCGAAGAAAUGUGGCUUGUUCUUCCUUGGAGGAGAAAAGAUGUGGGAGCACGUUCUCACUGCCCAUCUAGGCAUCACCAUCGGCGAAGGAGGCAAAAUCAAAGACAGAGAGAUCCACGCAUCAUGCGACUGGGAAGGCUGCACCAAAUAUGCGAAGCCUUCUCGGAUGAAGCUAUCCGAGCUCACCCGCCACACAAAGACCCACUUCCCCUCGCAGAAACGUUUACUCGGCGACGGAUCGGACUCAUUGGCUAAGCGACAGCGCAAGUCCUACGUCGUCCCAGCAAAGACCAUGAGCCUUACUUGGGAACAAACAAUUGUCACACGUGACGAGAGAAAUCCCAAAGUCGAGCAAGCAGCCGGUAUUCCAUUAAGCGCCGCAUUAGUGUUGUGUAACAUUGCGCGUAAUGUAGUCAAGACGGAAUCGGAGGAACAGCUUCUCAAGAAGCAUGAGAUGGGCGGCGAGGGCGGUGGCUGGAACGAGAGACUGUUCCGCCCUGUUAUGCCGAGACUUUACGAGGUCUUGACGGAGAACAAGGCUUUGGCCACUUACAUCACCACGCUCCUACAGCUAGUGCAGGACGACUAAAAGGUCAACAAGAGAAAAAAGCAAAACAAUGUAAUUUUAAAUUUCGUGGUUACGGAUCGGCACGGAAGGAACUUGAUCUUUUGUCGCACCGCACAUGAUCACAUGGAGGAACAAGGCAAUACCCAGGCGUUACGAAGUCGGGACCAAGGAUGGACCAUUGUUGCAUAAAAAAUUCCUAAUCCCCCCAUGCCAUUGACUUUUCUAUUUUUCCCUCGUAUGAUUUGGUGCCCCUAGGAAGGCGGAUGUGAGCUUUUACUUGGUCCAUAAACGAGUCAGCCGUGAAGGAAAUUGGCUGCAUACUUGGCUAGCUGAAUGUAAAUGAUCUUGACGCGGGUUUCCCGUCGACUGA